AUGAGUAUUGCUGUCACCUUACGUGCUGCUCGUCCAGCUUUCUUUCUUAAGAAUGCCUUACGUUCUGUUCGUCCUACUUUAACUAGAUCUUACGCAACUUUUGUUCGUUCUAAACCUCAUGUUAAUGUUGGUACUAUUGGUCAUGUCGAUCAUGGUAAAACCACUUUAACUGCUGCCAUUACCAAAGUUUUAUCUGAAAAAGGUGGUGCCAAUUUCUUAGAUUAUGGUUCCAUUGAUAGAGCUCCAGAAGAAAGAGCUAGAGGUAUUACCAUCUCUACUGCUCAUGUUGAAUAUGAAACUGAAAAGAGACAUUAUUCUCACUGUGACUGUCCAGGUCACUCUGAUUAUAUUAAGAAUAUGAUUACUGGUGCCGCCCAAAUGGAUGGUGCUAUCAUUGUUGUUGCUGCUACUGAUGGUCAAAUGCCUCAAACCAGAGAACAUUUAUUAUUAGCUAGACAAGUUGGUAUUCAACGUGUUGUUGUUUUUGUUAACAAGAUUGAUACCAUUGAUGACCCAGAAAUGUUAGAAUUAGUUGAAAUGGAAAUGAGAGAAGUCUUAUCUGCUUAUGGUUUCGAUGGUGAUAACACUCCAGUUAUUAUGGGUUCUGCUUUAUGUGCUUUAGAAGGUAAACAACCAGAAAUCGGUUCCGAAGCUAUCAUGAAAUUAUUAGAUGCUGUUGAUGAAUAUAUCCCAACCCCAACUCGUGACCUUGAACAACCAUUCUUAUUACCUGUUGAAGAUGUCUUCUCUAUCUCUGGUAGAGGUACUGUUGUUACCGGUAGAGUCGAAAGAGGUGUCUUAAAGAAGGGUGAAGAAGUUGAAGUUGUUGGUUCUGGUAAGCCAUACAAGGUUACCGUUACUGGUAUUGAAAUGUUCAAGAAGGAAUUAGACUCCGCUAUGGCUGGUGACAACUGUGGUGUCUUAUUAAGAGGUGUCAAGAGAGAUGAAAUUAACAGAGGUAUGGUUUUAGCUAAGCCAGGUACUGCCAAGGCCUCAUCUAAGUUCUUAUGUUCCUUAUAUGUCUUAACUACCGAAGAAGGUGGUCGUCAUUCUCCAUUUGGUGAAAACUAUAAGCCACAAGCUUUCUUCAGAACCACUGAUGUUACUUGUUCUUUCCAAUUCCCAGAAGGUGAAGGUGUUGACCAUUCUGCUAUGGUUAUGCCAGGUGACAAUGUUGAAAUGGUUGGUGAAUUAAUCAAGCCAACUCCAAUUGAACUUAACCAACGUUUCAACAUCAGAGAAGGUGGUAAGACUGUUGGUACUGGUUUAGUUACCAGAAUCAUUGAAUAA